AUCCUAGUUCCUUCACUGUCCGUGUAACCUUGGCAAAUUGUGUUCCUCCACUACGCCUCAUUUCUCACAUCUGUGAAGCACAAAUAGUCAAACAUUCCUGGUGGAAAUGGGUGAAGGGAAAUAAGAGCUCAAGAGAGUGUUGCUCCCCGAGGUCCCUACUUCUGGGAUACUGAUCAUGGGAGGCUACUCCUGAGUUAAGGGGCAUUGUUUAGAUAUUAUUUAGAUUUUUUUAGGGGGUGUGCCGGGGAUUGAACACAGGGGCACUUGACCACUGAGCCACAUCCCCAGCCCUAUUUUGUAUUUUAUUUAGAGACAGAGUCUCACUGAGUUGCUUAGCACCUUGCUUUUGCUGAGGCUGGCUUUGAACUUGUGAUCCCUGAGCUGCUGGGAUUACAGACAUAUGCCACCAUGCCCGGCUAGAUGGAGAACUUUAAGGGACACUAAUAAUAAUAUGCCUGGACAAUAGGCAUGACAGCCAGGCAAGACAGUGUGUGUGGGCUCCCAUUCAGGGCAGCAGGCUGGACAGGGCAGGGCCCUGCAGUCCCAGGAGAGAGCAAGACCCAGAGGUAAGAAGACUGAGCCAACAGUUGUUAUCAGCUCCACUGCCCCAGCCCUGGCCUGGGGCAAUCAUCCUGGCCCCUUCCCACUUCCCCAAAAGCCCAGCAUAAAGGCUGCUUGUGGGGCGCAGCCUCCAGAGGCACUGAACUUGGAGGAGCCAGAAGGGGCUGUGCUAGACACACAGACUGCCUCGAGGAGGAAGGCGGAGUUGUGUCCGGCUACGAGACUGAGUAGAUAUGAAACACCCCCUGCACCUAGCCCUUCUCCUGCUGGGGACAGUUUCUGCUCUUUAUCUGGAGAAUGAUGCCCCCCAUCUGGAGAGCCUAAAGACAGAGACAGACCUGGAUCAGGAUCCAGAUGGCUCAGGGGAGCAGGAGGGAGAGUUGGCCCUGACUGAAGAGGGGAUUCAAGUAGAGGGCGAUGAGGUCAAGACUUCAGGGUAUCAAGAAGCCUUUGAAGAUGAGGAGGCUGUGGAGUCAGGCCCACCUCCUUUAGAGCAGAACUUGCUAUGCCCCAGGGAAGAGGAUAUUGUUCAAAUUCAGGGAGAUUCUGGGUGCAAAACCUGUCGCUAUCUGCUGGUACAAACUCCAAAGACAUUUUCUCAAGCUCAGAAUGUCUGCAGGAGAUGCUACCAAGGCAACCUUGUCUCCAUUCACAACUACAAUUUCAACUAUCAUGUUCAUUGUUUGGCCAGUAAGAUAAACCAGGCCCAGAUCUGGAUUGGAGGCGUCCUCAGGGGCUGGUUCCUGUGGAAGAAGUUUUGCUGGACUGAUGGAAGCUCCUGGAAUUUUGCAUAUUGGGCUUCAGGGCAACCUGGGUGUUCAGGAGGCCACUGUGUGACCCUAUGUACUGGAGAUGGCCACUGGCGACGAGCUCCGUGCCAUAGACAGCUGCCCUUCGUCUGCUCCUUCUGAGCCAAUGGCGCGGUGAACCAGCCUUGGAGCCUCAGGCCUCUGGCUGCCACUGCCCCGCUCUCGGCCCUGGACUCUGCCCCCAGCCUCUCCUGGCCAUAAAUCCACACUUCUCACAGCA